GAAUAAAAUUUUAGAUCAUCUCCGGAAGACUUUUGUUAUUUUUUAACUUCUAUACUCCUUGCAGUUGUAGAAAACACAUCUUCUUUGGAUUAUCAUCUGGUAUCAUAGUCAAGUUGAUCAGAUGGUUAUCUCAAUCCAACCUACCAUCCCAUUUUUUGAAGGAAAGGGAUAUGAUACUUGGAGCAUAAAGAUGAGGACUCUUUUUAUCUCCGAAGAUCUGUGGGAGCUUGUGGAUAAGGGUUAUGUAGAAGAGGAAAUUCCAAGAGAUGCUAUGAGAGAUGUACGAAAGAAUGAUGCCAAGGCAUUGUUUUUUAUUCAACAAGCAAUCACAGAGAGUAUUUUUCCUCAAAUUUCAAAGGCAACGAAGUCUAAGGAAGCAUGGGACACUUUGCAAACAAAAUAUCAAAGCACAAGCCUGGUUGCAGCUCAAGAUGGAGAUGGCAGCCAAACUGACAUCCCAGUCAUGGAUGACUCUGUGUAUGAGGCAGCAGCGAAGGGCGACAUUGACGUUCUGAAGAAAAUUCCAGAGUCCGAAUUUCAUGCCCAAUUAAGCCCAAAGCAUAACACAAUACUCCAUAUUGCAAGUGAAUUCGGUAAAAUAGAGUGUGUGAAUUGGAUCCUUGAUUUGCCUUCAUCUUCAUCUCUACUGCAACGCCCUAAUUUGAAUGAGGACACUCCCCUUCACCUUGCAGCAAGGCAAGGGCAUUUGGAGGUCGUGGAAGCUCUUAUAAAUGCUGCAAGAGAACCUACCCUAGAUAUUGAAACUGGGCCUGGACCACAUAAGGUUAUGCUGAGGAUGAAAAAUAAGGGGAAAGACACAGCCUUGCAUGAGGCAGUGCGAUAUAGGAAUUAUGGGGUGGUGAUGUUAUUGAUUGAGGAAGACCCCGAUUUUACCUAUGGUGCUAAUGAUUCAGGUAUCACUCCUCUUUACAUGGCUGUGGAGGGAGGAUUUACAGCCGCGGUGAAACUAAUCAUUGAGAAAAGUAGUACUUCGCCUUCUUACAAUGGCUUAAUGGGUAGAACUGCCUUGCACGCUGCUGUAAUAUGCAAUGACAUAGAAAUGACAAAGACAAUACUGGAAUGGAAGCCAGAUCUCACCAAAGAAGUAGAUAAGAAUGGAUGGUCUCCACUUCACUAUGCUGCAGAGAGAGGUUGUGAUCCAGAAAUAGUGAGGCUAUUGCUAGAAAAAUCAGAAAAGAGUGUAGCCUACCUUAGGAGCAAAGAUGGGAAGAAGACUGCCCUUCAUAUUGCAUCUUUCCACCAUCAUACAAAAAUAGUAGAGAAGAUCCUAUCUCACUCUCCUGGUUGUCGGGAGCAGGUUGAUGAUAAGGGCAAUAAUAUUUUUCACUUUGCCAUGAUGAAAGAGGGAGACGAUGAUUUUAACCCUAGUAGUUACUUCUUCAAUUAUUGGUUAAGGUCGAGAGGACUUGUAAAUGAGAAAAAUGCUCAAGGAAACACACCCAUCCACCUGCUCUCUCUUAAUCAAAUUUUAGAUUUUCGGUUUGUAUGGAAUUAUAAAGUGGAUAAGAAGGCGUACAACAAUGAAGACUUGACAGCUUAUGACAUAAUUUUGAGGGACAAAGAGGACAUUUCCGAGGAAAAGGAUCGCAUCCAAUCUUGGUUGGAGGCUGUUACGACUGGACGUAUUUCUUCGUUUUGGGAGAAGGAAACUAAGAGACAGGAGAUAGAGCAAGAAAGGAAAGAAUACAUCUCUCAAUUACAAAAACAAGGGGAAACCCAUUUGAUAGUUUCUGCGCUUAUAACAACAGUAACUUUUGCUGCGGGUUUCACCUUGCCCGGUGGUUACAAAGAGGAUGAUGGCCAGGCAAUUUUAUCAAAGAAAGCAGCCUUUAGAGCAUUUGUUGUGACGGAUACCAUAGCCAUGGUAUCUUCACUAUGCGCCGUAUUUCUUCACUUUUUGAUGACCCUGCACAAACGUGGGAAGUUCCUUGAAAAACAUUUACUUUGGGCCUUUAGUUUGACCAUGGUUGGGAUGGGAGCAAUGGCCAUCGCUUUCGCAACCGGCUUGUACGCUGUUUUACCGCAUUCCUCGGGCCUUUCAGUUCUCACUUGCAUCCUCUGCUCUUGCUUUUUCCUCUCCAUUGCAGUUGAAUAUUGUAAAUUUUGGAGAGGUACGAUUUCGGAAUGGAUGUUUGGAUGAGCUAUUUUCUGAGAGGAGAGAGAGAACCGGGUCUGAGCUAACUGAUAUCCGAAGCAAGGAAAGCUGAAAGUAGGGAAUCAAAAUGUACUCAUUUGAAUGGGAAUUAUAUUUUAAAUCUGGGUGGAGUAUUGAACUCAUUUGUCAAUGGAUACAAUUGUGAAUACGAAUAAUGUUAGUAUUGGAAUUCAA